ACGGCUCAGAGAGAGUGAGCUGCCGUAGAUUGUCCAAAGGGGCAGCGUUUCUCCUAGUUCCGGUUUGUCUGUCUGUGCGCGCUGCGCGAGUUGGGACCCUAAACAAAAGGCUGCCAUCAUCCCAAAGGAAGAUAUUCAGCUGCGCGAGAGAGCCCGACUGCUUGAUGCUAACCAAACAUGAGCUCCUAUUUUGUUAACCCUCUUUUUUCUAAAUACAAAGGCAGCGAGUCACUGGAACCAACUUACUACGACUGCAGGUUUCCACAAAGCGUCGCCCGCAGCCACACGCUGGUUUACGGACCCGGAGCAGCCGCGACGGGCUUCCAGCACCCGUCCCAUCAUGUACAGGACUUUUUCCACCACGGAACCACGGGGAUCUCCAACCCGGGAUACCAGCAGAACCCCUGCGCCCUGGCUUGCCACGGAGACGCAACAAAAUUUUAUGGAUAUGAAGCGCUUCCGCGGCAAACGCUUUAUGGUGCCCAGCAAGACGCGAGCCUAGCGCAAUACCCAGACUGUAAAUCGUCGAGCAGCUCUAACCCCGGAGAAGGACAAGGCCACUUAAAUCAAAACUCCUCUCCCAGUCUAAUGUUUCCCUGGAUGAGACCCCACGCCCCAGGCAGAAGGAACGGGAGGCAAACCUACAGUCGCUACCAAACUCUUGAACUGGAGAAGGAGUUUCUCUUCAACCCUUACCUGACGCGCAAGAGAAGGAUCGAGGUGUCGCACGCCCUGAGCCUCACCGAGCGGCAGGUGAAGAUCUGGUUUCAGAACAGGAGGAUGAAGUGGAAAAAAGAGAACAACAAAGACAAGUUUCCGGGUCAGAGAGGAGAGGCUGAAGCCGAGGCCGAGGAAGAGGGCAACGAGGACGGUGAAGGGGAAGAGGCAGAGGAGAAAGAAGCGGAAGAGAAAGAAGAAAGCAAGGAGUGAUUUUAUGGUCCUUUUUAUGGUUAUAUGGCUCGAGAAAAAAAAGAGAAGAAGAAAAAGAAA